AUGUUGGCAUCUCUCUAUGAGAAAAAAUUGUUUCUGGAAAAGCGAACAUCCGACACGCCACCUCCGCUAAUUGGGUUUCACGCUUCGUGCAUGGAAAUGGAGAUCAUUAGCGUUGAAGAACACUCAAAAAGCGCAUUGAUGCUCUUGUAUUACAAGGACAGUGAUAAUGUAAGCCAGAGCGAGCUACUGAACGUCACGUCAAAGAGAUCUAAAAAGAACCUCCCUGUUCUGGAAUUUCGCUUUGAGGAGCCAUUCAACCCAAAUCUAACAGGGAGAGCAGUUGAAUAUUUGGUCAUUAACACAGAUUAUACUUCUUGUUAUGUCCUAAAGACGUCAACUAGGAAAGAGUGCACAUUCUGGAUUCUACAUACAGAAGAUUAUGGAGAAGCCUCAAAAGAAUGCGAACCGCCGGAGCGUCCUUCAUGUGUCAAGGAAGUCUACGGUCUUCAUGAAACCACCCAGUGCAGCGAUUCAAAUACGGCCGAUGUUCCCACAAGGAUACCUGAAAAUCCUAUCACUCCCAGUGAUUCUACACCUCCCAGCAGUCCAACGACUCCCAGCAGUCCUACGACUCCCAGUCGCGCUAGCACUCCCAGUCAAACGAAUGACCUGCUCUCUGAAUUUAAAAACAAGGACAUCUACCUCAGAUACAAAUCUUCCACGUCCGAUCUUUAUCUACUGGGAUUUCCAGCAACAUGCGUAAAGAUGGAGUUCAUCGAAACAAAAUAUGACACAAAAAGCGCAAUAUUGACAAUGGACUACAAAGAUUCAAAUAAAGCAUGGAAAUCAAUUGUGCAAACGGAGUUGGGAAAUGUCACACUAAAAAAGAUACGUCAAAGUCACUCACUGGGAAGCCUAAUUUUUUGGAUAGAAGAAUCAGAAACCGUGACAUCGGCCCGCAGGGCUACGUAUCAAAUUCUGAGUACGGACAGCACUACCUGCUUCACACUCAAGCUCGGGAUGACUCAACCGGGUAAAGACCCUGAGUGCGGAGUGUGGAGUGUGGACAAGAUCAACACCACAAGUGUUCCACAAGUGGGUAUGGAGGGAUGUCCGAAUGUACAGUUAGAUAUUAUGUCACCGGACGGUUGCUACUACAAUUAA